AUGGAAGAUCUCAAGGGCUUCGCUAUGGAGAGCUUGGAAGAUUUCUCCCAGGCCAUGUCAGCAGGGACCCACCAGCGGGCUUUGGUGGGGUCUCCUUUCUCCCUGGCUCACUGCCUCUCCCAAAACACCAUGCUGGGAUGUUACCCUGGGUCCUUCCCCAGUCCAGCCGAACUACCUGCCUACCCGCAGGAAAGCUUCAGGAAUGGGGAGUGGUACGCCUCCAGCCCCCCAGAAGGACCUUACUCUUCAAUCUGCAGGUUUAUGGGUACCCCUGGCUUCAGCAUGCCCGGAGCAGACUGUAUGGGCUACUUGGGCGAAAUGGUCAAGCAACCCUCCUUCUCUGCGGGAAACCCCUCCAAGCGCAAACGCCGAGUGCUUUUCUCCCGAGCUCAAGUCCAGGAGUUGGAGAAGAGGUUUGAGAUGCAGAAAUACCUGACUGCCCCCGAACGGGAACACCUGGCCACCGUGACCCGCCUCACCCCCAACCAGGUGAAGAUCUGGUUCCAGAACCACCGCUACAAGCUAAAGAAGCUACGGGGCCAGCCGGUGGAGGUGAAGGCCGGCUUGCAGCAGGAGGGUCCCCCGCCUUGUGACAGUAGCACCGUGGCCCACCCCGGCGGCUAUCCGUUCCAUCGGACGCCUGUAGAAGAGAAGCUCCUCCUGCAACAUCUGUCUCCCAGCCCCAGCUCCACUGCCGAUGCCCAAUCGGGCCUUGAAACACCCGAAAGCGGCUUUCUCUUUGGCAAACCCUGGUAGUCUAUCCAUGGAUUGUCACACGGGCUGGGCCUAGAUGACUUGCUCCAUCCAAGGAGCGUGAUGAUGGAGCCCAGCCGUUCUAAGGACAAAAGUUUUGUUUUUAUUUUAUUAUUUAUAUAGCCGUGCCCGUCUUUCGGCUCCUGCUGGACGGCUCCCGGGCGAAAACUCAAAAAAGACCAAAUUCAAUCGUAUCCAAAAAAACAAUCCAACAAAGCCGAUGAGAUUAGAAAUGACGAGAACCCCUGGCUUUGAAUCAGACUUAGUCUAUUCUUCUUGGGCAGAAUUUUAUUUUAUUUUUUUGUGGGGGAGUAGGGUGGAAAGCUAGGGCUUCGAGGCAUUACAGGAAGCUAAGAUGGAAGAGGCCGGUUGAACUUCAUGUGGCAGAGAGUCCCACAGGGCCUUGCAUGGUUCUAUCCAUCCAAUGGCAGCCGAGCGUUCGAGCCUUUUUGAAGAGCCUCGGUCUGGAAAGUCUUCCAGCUUUUAGGUCAAAGGAAAAAUGCCAGGGGUUCAAUUGGAUCGGAUCCCCAGCCCCCUUCGACCUCUUGAUCAUUUCAGCCCCACUUCCGGUCUCCACCAUCAGACACCAGAUCCUUCAAUAGAUCUGCGAGAACGUCUCCCAGAAUCUUCUACUCGUCCUGAGCUCCAAACAUUUCCUGCCUCCACAAUCUGA